UGCCAGAGGGGCUGAUGUAAGAUGCUAUAGACACUCACUAUUUAUUGGGCUGUUGGGCCCAGUGUAUCUAGAAUGGCAGGGCCUAGUUUGAUUAUCAGUCUUGUGACUAUUAACCCUUCAGUGUGCCAGCUUGCGGAUGAGAGGUUAGGAAGUUGCUACGGUACGACCCUCUCUCACACACAGCGACUCCAACUAUUUAACUUCCGGUUUUAUUGAACGUGGAGCAGCCCUUGCAAAUGUUUUCGCGUUUGUGAGCGUGUCCGUAUUGUUUGUACAGUCUUCUUGUACUAUCGCGGACCCUUCACAAAACUUUCCCCCUGCUCUGCAGAGUGCCCGGCGCGAUCCAUCCUCCACAAACAAGUGACCAUUUCAGCGGUUAGUUACACCGAGAUAGUGUCAGCUGAAGCCCCUGAGGCACUUCCCUCAGCCCCUCGCUGUGUUAGGCACCACAAUGAUCUCCAGCAGCUUCCCCGGGACGUGUCUCUCUCUCACUGCGGCCCCGCCCCUUCGCCACACCCCCUCCCUCAGCCGACUGCUAUGAUUUAGAAGUUCAGGAAUCCCACGUGACGUCACCGAAGGGUGAUGUAAUGCUGCUCUAAAUAGAAAGUAUUGUAAUCUCCUCUCAGUCCAACGUGGUUCCUUUGUAGUGCAUGGCACUGUGUCUUUAAAAACUGCUUGUGUAUGUGUGAUGCAGGGGGAAGUCACUCCCCCACUCUAGAAAGAAGCGGAGAGUCUCUAAGCAGCCCUGGGAAGAGUUCGCUUCUCCAACAGUUUGCCCUGUAUAUGCUGCAGCCAAAUAAGUGCUCCCUUUACCUGCUGCACCACAGUGAGAGGAUCCCAGUGGCUGUCACUCACUCACAGAGACACAAACCUGCACCACACUUACUCCUCCACUUCUUCUACAUUCAUUGGCUUUAUGAGGAACAAGAGAUGAAUUUGGAGCAGGACAGGUCCUUUGUAUGCAAUGCGCCAGGCUGCUCGCAGCAUUUUCAGUCAGAAGACCACCUUAUGAUUCACAGACAUAAGCAUGAAAUGACCUUGAAGUUUGCUUCUAUAAAAAAUGAUAUGUUAUCAGACCAAACACCAACCCCAACUCGUUUCUUAAAGAAUUGUGAGGAAGUGGGCCUUUUCAAUGACAUUGACUGUUCUUUAGAGCAUGAAUUUAGAAGUGCUCAAGAAGAUGAGAACAGCAAAAGAAGUAUUACUAUGCACAAUGCAGCAGGACCAGGGACGAACCAGCACUCAAACCCACGGCUGUCAAACCAUGAUAGCAGCAUUGUAAUACAGCAAGCCAUGCCUUCUCCCCAGUCCAGUUCGGUCAUAACACAGGCACCUUCUACAAACCGUCAGAUUGGGCCUGUUCCAGGCUCUCUUUCCUCACUACUACAUCUGCACAACAGACAAAGACAGCCCAUGCCUGCUUCCAUGCCUGGCACCCUCCCCAACCCCACCAUGCCUGGAUCUUCAGCAGUACUGAUGCCUAUGGAAAGACAGAUGUCAAUGAGUUCCAAUAUCAUGGUGAUGCAGGGCCCAAACAUAAACAAUCCUUGCGCUUCACCUCAAGUCCCACCAAUGCACUCAGAAGCUAAAAUGAGAUUAAAGGCAGCGUUAAACCAUCAUCCAGGAGCUAUAUCCAAUGGGAAUAUGAACUCUAUGGGUCACAUGAUAGAAAUGAUGAAUUCCCGACAGGAACAGACUCCACAUCAUCAUAUGCACUCUCACCCGCAUCAGCACCAAAGCCUACCACAGCAUCAUCCGUACCCUCAUCAACAGCACCAGCAUCCACCGCACCAUCCACACUCUCAACCCCACCACCAACAGGGACACCCUCAUCAUCACUCUCAUUCCCACCUCCAUGCGCAUCCGUCACACCAUCAGACGUCGCCACACCCUCCUCUGCACACUGGAGGACAAGCACAGCUCUCACCAGCAGCACAGCAAAUGCAGCCCACUCAGACAAUACAACCCCAACAGCCCACGGGAGGCCGUCGCAGGCGGGUUAUGGAUGAGGAUCCAGACGAAAGGAGGCGAAAGUUUUUGGAAAGGAACCGAGCAGCUGCCACCCGGUGCAGACAGAAAAGGAAGGUCUGGGUGAUGUCACUGGAAAAGAAAGCAGAGGAACUGACCCAGACAAACAUGCAGCUUCAGAAUGAGGUUUCUAUGUUGAAAAACGAGGUAGCACAACUGAAACAAUUGUUGUUAACGCAUAAAGACUGUCCAAUAACUGCCAUGCAAAAAGAGUCACAAGGAUACCUGAGUCCUGAAAACAGCCCACCGGAAAGUCCUGUCCCAGCCUGCUCACAGCAACAAGUCAUUCAGCAUAACACAAUUACAACUUCCUCCUCUCUCAGCGAUGUCAUUGGAAGUUCCAACCUCAAUGCACUUGCCAAUCACAGAAUAGACUUAAAUCCCAUUCUCUGAAAAAGGUUGGGCUUUAGAACUGCCUUUGGAGGGGGAGGGUUGGAAUAAUAUCAGAUCUUCCACUUUAAUUAACUUUUUUCUCAUCUUAAUUUGAAACCUGGAAGUAUCUUCAGUCCUUGAAUGACCUUGGCCUUCCUUUUUUAUACUUACUAUUAAAAAUGGUAUCUUUUUUUACUUAAAUACAAAAGGAAUUUAUGCAAUUAAUAUGCUAACGACAUUGGGAAAUGUUUUCAGCUUUCUCGAUUUUCUGGUACAAUGUAAAUUGUUUAUGAACUAAAGCAUUUAUGUAUAUAGCUGUUUAUUUUUGGUUUUCUUACCAGUCUACAAAGUGGCCUGAAACAAAGAGUCUGCUUAUUUUGAACGAAGACUUUUACUAUCACCAUAAUAGCAUCAACUGAUAAUCCAAAACCUGGUUUAUCAUUCUAAAUCCCUCUGCCUAGGCUCUGCAUUGUUCUUCUGCCCGGCAUCUCUAGAGCUCAGGACGUUAGAGAAAUGUGCCGUUCCCAAAGAAAAUGAACAUAUUCUAUUGUAGCUUUGAUCUGCAACCUUUGUUCUACUCUUCUCAUUUUUCACACGGAGACGGCUGAUUGAAAAGUCAAUAUGGGUAACAAAGUAUUAAGUAGUAAAUAUACUUUUCGGUGUAUCAGUGCCCUGUUAAGGUCACCAUGGUCACAACUUCAGCCUAAGCAGGUCUGAGUAUGCACUGUUUUCUAUUUAGUUUAGUCCAGCAAACCAAAACAAUAUGCAGGCUGUGUUUAUAUAUAUAUUAUAUAUAUAUUUUAAGAAAAGCAUUUACUUCUUAAAUUGUGUUGAUUCUUAUUUUUUUGCCUUUCUACUUUUAAUAUAGAAAUACAAAUACCCUUUAUAAAAAUGAAUCUUAUAUAUAUUAGUACACCACAUGUAAAAAAAAAUGUAAAUGUCUAAAAUGCCCCAGGGUGCUGAUUUAGGUAGUACUUUUUUUCUAUGGAAAGGAGGUAAAGUGAACUUGUACGAACAUAUGCACUAAACGUAUAAUGAUGCAUGUUGCAUUUAGGUUCUAUUCAGAGUUCUGUUAAACUUUGCUUAGGUUGGAUUGAUCAUAAUGCAUUUUUUAGCAGAAAAGGAGCCUCGGCUGUUCUAAAGUUACCUGAUUUUUCUCAGUUCAGUAAAGUGACAACUUGACAUAUUUAUUUUCGUGGCUCGAGUCUGUGUGUUCUUUAUGCUAAACAGACAAGUUAACCAUAUCGUUUGUGGAGACAUUUGCUGCUCGUUAGCAGUUACCAAACCGUGGAUGUCGCACCUCUGCCCUGAGCUUGCCAACAAUUAAUCCAAAAUCAACAAAUCAAGGUUUUUAUGAAACACUGCUAAUAUACACCAGGCAAAUUAUUGUAGCUGCAACACAAAUAUAUUGGAUCCAGAAGGGCCAAGCACCUUGAAUGUAGUUCAUGUGAUUUGCACAGUAUUUAUGUACAUAAACGGAUUUCUUUUAA